AUGCAACUGAGACUGACCAAGUCUCUCAUUGGCACUUCAUUGGCACUUCUGACGGUGCCAGAGUUGCCACAGGGCUCACAGGUAAAGAGUAUCUCGCCAUAUGGCGCAAGCUAUUGGACCCGAACAGCCGAAAUUCAGACACAACAGGCGGAUGAGAGCGUCUCUUACUUCCUCAAAGUGAGCAACCUCAGCGUUCUCGAAAUUUUCGAACUGAUGUCCCUUCAGGUCACACAGAACGACACUGGAAGAGCAAUGGUGUCCGGCGAGUAUGUGUCCAUGAAAGCAUUGCAUGAUACGCUCCCUACUUUGACACCUAGACCCAUCGCCUGGGGGACUUAUGCAGCUGAUGCGAACGUCCAUUUCUUCCUUUGUGGUUUCGUGGAUAUGACUGACGAUCUGCCCGAUGUUCAAAUGAUGGGGGCAUCCCUUGCUGAACUGCACAAGCGAGGCCUCUCACCAAAUGGUAAAUACGGAUUUUCCGUGCCGACCUUGCAAGGAACGAUUCCCCAGCAUACCGAUUGGUGCGACUCGUGGGAAGAAUUUUUUUCAAAAUCAAUCAGAAAGGUCAUGGAGAACGAAGAGAGGUCGCAAGGCGCAGAUCUGGAAGUACAAGAACUGUGCGAGGCUAUUCUCUCGAAGGUUGUGCCUCGGCUUCUUCGCCCUCUGGAAACUGGAGGUAGACAGAUCCGUCCUCGUUUGGUCCACGGCGAUAUCUGGGACGGUAACGUUUCCACGGAUACUGAGACCGACAAACCAGUCAUAUUUGACGCCACGUGUAUAUACGCCCAUAACGAGCUUGAGCUGGCACCUUUGAGGCCGAUUCGUCAUCGCAUGGGAAAACCUUACGUGAAAGCAUACUUUAAGCAUUUUCCUGUCUCUGACCCUGAAGAGGAUCAAGACGACCGGAACGCUUUAUACUGCCUCCGAUGGGAUCUGAACUGCUCCACGCUGUAUCCGGGCAACCUUCGGUACAGAAAAAUGUGUGUGGAUGUAAUGCGGACCCUGGUAGCUAAGUAUGCCGAUGGAUACGAGGGAUGGGCAAAGGCCAGGGGGAAGAAGUUGUUGAACGAUAAAGAUUCAGCAGCUCCAAGCUUCACGUCGUCUGUCAACGUUGACAUGAUAUUGAACCCGUCUGGCAUGUAA